ACGCGCGCAAGCCGUUGAAUAAUUUAGUGUUAUAUUUACAAAUAGCAAGGAAUUGGACCCAAAAAUCAUUUUUGUUCUAACAUAUGAAUAGGUUUUAAAUUUUGAAAUUAAUUUAAUAAUAAAUAAGUGCAAGUGCAAAAAUGGCUCUGUGGGUUGAUAAACAUCGUCCGCGUGAAUUAUCCAAAUUAGAUUAUCAUAAAGAGCAGGCUGAAAAUUUGCGAAAUCUUUGUCAACAAGGAGAUUUUCCACAUCUAAUGUUUUAUGGUCCCUCCGGUGCUGGUAAGAAGACACGAAUUAUGUGUUUGCUGCGCGAAUUAUAUGGUGCCGGCGUUGAGAGACUGCGCAACGAAACAAUGACUUUUACCACGCCAUCCAAUAGAAAAGUGGAGGUGAUGACAGUUGGAAGUAAUUAUCAUCUAGAGGUGAAUCCAUCUGAUGCGGGUAUUUAUGAUCGCGUUGUGGUUAUCGACCUUAUCAAGCAAGUGGCUCAAACACAUCAAAUCGAUGUAUCAGGGCAGCGUGAAUUUAAAGUGAUUGUACUCUCCGAAGUAGAUGAACUGACCAAAGAUGCUCAACAUGCGCUUCGUCGUACAAUGGAAAAAUAUGUUGCUACGUGUCGAAUAAUACUGUCGGUAAACUCUACUUCCCGUGUUAUACCAGCAAUAAGAUCACGUUGCUUGGGUAUACGUGUAGCAGCGCCCAGCGAAGAAGAAAUAACAUCGGUACUUCAACUGACUUGUAAACGUGAAGGUUUGACAUUGCCGGCCGAGUUGGCAGCACGUAUUGUGGAUAAAAGUGAACAUAAUUUGCGUCGUGCAUUGUUGAUGUUGGAAGCAUGUAAGGUACAGCAGUAUCCAUUUACUGGACAACAGGACAUUGUUGAAUUAGACUGGCAAGUGUACUUACGUGAAACAGCUAACCAAAUUGUGACAGAACAAACCCCCGCAAAAUUAGAGAAAAUUCGCGAUCGUUUGUAUGAGUUGCUUGCACAAGGUGUGCCGCCUGAUAUGAUUUUCCGUGGACUAGUAGAGCAACUUGUGAGGAAUUGCGAUAUGUCAAUUAAGGCGAAGACAUUGGAGUAUGCGACCCUAUACGAGCACCGAAUGCAAAACGGUUCAAAACAUAUUUUUCAUUUGGAGGCGUUUGUUGCUCAAUUUAUGAACAUUUAUAAGAAAUUCAUUUCCGAGUCAAUGAUGAUGGAUGAUUUUUAAUUUUGUGAAAAUUUGAAAAAUUUAUUUGUUUAACGUAUUGUUCUAGAUAAUAAAAAAAAAAUUGGA